GCAGCUCUCAGUUCUAUUCAGUAUAAGCCUUAGCUCCGUCGGCUGAACAUCGAAAUCGAAAAUUUUAUUUUUUUAGGAAGUUUUUCAGUAGUUUUUCAGAAAUUUUUUCAAAGGAAUUUUCAUUGGUUGUUAAACAAGAAAACAAAAUGGCAAAAAUUGAACCAACAAACGACAUACUCGGGAAUGAACAGCAGGUGGAGCCUAGGGCUAUAGUACCCAGUGACAUAGUGAACAGCCCGGAUGUGGUAGAGUAUAUGACGGCUGCUCGCCCACAAAGAUACACGUUCCAUGAGGUCUACCAGAUGAUGAAGGGCCUCACCUGGCCCCGAAUGUUGUUUGAUUUGCUCUCGUGCCAUGAGCUGGGCUCCAUCUCGUUGGGCUUGGGAAUCAUAAUCCUCGAUGUCCUCCAGACGCUGCUAGGCUUCAAUCUCUUGCAAAAGCUGGCCACCUUCGGCAUGGCAAUCCAGGUCUACACAUGCAUCCGGCCGUAUAUCGAGCCCUACGAGCCGCUGAUCAACGCCGAUAUCAAUGUGCACUUGACCCCGGAAACGGUGGUCCGCGUGGUCGACUGCAUCAACCGCUGGUUGGCCACGAUGCAGUUCGUCGUCUUUGGCACCGAGCUCCUUGAUCUUUUUCUAAUAAUUGUUGCCUUGGCGUCGGUGUUUUCCAUCCUCUGCUCCAUCGACAUCUUUUUGCUGACUAGGAUCGCCCUCUGUAUGUCGUUCGCUAUCCCAAGGCUCCUCACGUUGUUCGAAAACGAGAAUCCGAUGGCCAGAGACUAUUUUCAAUUCAAGGCAAAGGAACGUGUGCUGGAUGUCCUAGCCAAGUUGGAGGAGAUGGGCGUGAAGGUGAAACUGAUCACCACUGAGCGCUGGAGGCGGGAAGUGGAAGCAAUGAAGGAGUUAUAUGGCGAGUAUGCUUCGGCGAUUCCAGGACCAGUUUUAUAAUGUGGAGAUGUCGGACAUGGGGGAUACUUCAGCGCAUUGCUUCGCCGAGGAUAGUUCGUUGCUCUGGCAAAAAUUAUAUUCAUCGUUUCAUGGUUUCAUCGUUUUUAUUCAACUUGUUAAUCGUUUUCACAUACCACCGACGAGCACAGUACAAAACUGACAGAACUCUUAUAUACACCUCACAAUUAAAACACGUACACUGCACACUGAAA